AUGGUGGUUUGCAAAUGCAGAAAGGCUACCAAGCUGUAUUGCUUUGUUCACAAGGUCCCUGUUUGCGGCGAAUGUAUUUGCUUCCCUGAACAUCAAACUUGUGUGGUCCGGACUUAUUCAGAAUGGGUGAUAGACGGAGAAUAUGACCAGCCAAAGUGUUGUCAGUGCCAAGCAACAUUUGAUGAGGGGGCAGGUCAUCAAGUCACUCGGUUGGGCUGCUUGCAUGCUAUACAUACGAGUUGUUUGGUUUCACUUAUCAAGAGUUUUCCACCUCAUACUGCACCUGCUGGCUAUGUGUGCCCAUCCUGUAGCACCCCUAUAUGGCCUCCCAAGAUGGUAAAAGAUGCAGGAUCUCAGCUUCAUGCACUGUUAAGGGAAGUGAUUAUGCAGACUGGUCUUGAGAAGAACUUAUUUGGGAACCAUCCAGUUUCUCGAUCCACCGAAUCUCGUAGUCCACCACCUGCAUUUGCUUCAGAUGCUUUAAGUAAUUUCUCAUCAUCUUCUCACACACAAGAAGGGAAGAACCUCCCUGAUGGUUAUUCAGUAUCUGGAAACGGAGAAUAUUCAAACCCCGCGGUUUCGGAGAUAGUUGAGAUAGAUGUUCCUGCUUCUGCUGGGAAUUACAUGAAAAGCUCAAGCCCUGGACUUGCUGCUGCUGCACGGAAAGGCGUACCCGCCGUUGACAGACAGAACUCCGAGACUCUGUAUUACGCAGACGACGAAGACGGGAAUAAAAAAAAGUACUCAAGAAGAGGUCCUCUUCGUCACAAGUUUCUGCGAGCUCUACUACCGUUCUGGUCAAGUGCGUUACCAACACUCCCCGUGACUGCACCACCUCGUAAAGAUGCAACAAAGGCGGAAGAUGGUACAGAAGGACGUGUAAGACAUCGAUCAUCGAGGAUGGAUAUAAGGAAAAUACUCCUGUUCAUAGCAAUCAUAGCGUGUAUGGCAACAAUGGGGAUUUUAUACUACAGACUCGCACAACGGGUGAUUGGUGGACAAGACGUACCCGAUGAAGAGCAGCGAUGA